AUGCGCAUUACUGUUUGCACAUCAUUUCACCUUUCUAAUGAAUGCCCUAUAUUCGGAAUGUUUGGAUACGGCAUAGAAACAAUACAAAGAUCGAACAUUACAAUGCAUGCUCGGUGCACCUUUCUUUUACUGACAGCCUUUACAUUGGUCACAAAUAAUGUUUUGGAAAGACGAAUCAUAGCACCAUGUCCCACUGGUUCUAGGCCGAUGUUUCGUCCCGAUGGACAACCACGCAAAUGUCUUCCUCAUCAAAACAGCCUUUGCGUAAACGCAUUACCGGAUCAGCCUGAUGCAGCAACGGUAUGCUGUUGGCACAAUCAGGUGGAUUACUUCUGUUGCUUGGAUGUAACACCAUUGGAUUGCCCUGAUUAUCACAAUGUUACCGUGGUUGUUCACAACGCAUAUCCACAGAAUCCAUUCGCGCUGCGUUCAUUUCAUUUUAGAGAAGGAAUUGAAGAUGAAAUAGUUGCUAUGACACAAGAAUUAAUACGCGAUAACAAAGUACGCAAGGAGAACGGCGUUUUGAUUAGGAAUAUUGCGUAG